AAUAAUAAAAACAAAACCUAUAUAUAUAUAUAUAUAUGUAUAUAUGUAUAUAUAUAUAUGUAUAUGAAUAACUUGAAAGUAAGCUAAAAUAAUGCCGUUUAUAUCAAAAGAUUGGCGCUCCCCAGGUGAAGCUUGGGUCAAAACCGAAGAAGGCUGGGAAAGACUUAAGGUGCUUGAAUGCGGUAAACGUAAGCGACUUCCAUCCACUAAUGACGAUAAUUAUGAUGACAACGUGGAAAUCAUACCACCACACUGCCACAUUACCAUUAGAUGUACACGAGAGAUAGCCGGUUUUAAUGGUCUCGGUGAUGCUGUACGUCGUUUAGAUUUCCGAAGUUCGGUACGAGAUCGUAGACGUUUUCAUUACAUAUGCACACUCUUACGUCUAUUGGUGGCGCAUAAAGGUAUUGCUAGUUUAUCAGGCAGCGCACAGAAACAAUUAUUGCAAAUGGUUGAAGAAGUAGCGGCACAUGUUAGUGAUAGUCAACAGCAUUUGAAUGUCUUGCGAGGCUUAGCUUUACAAUUGCAACAUAUUGUCUAUCAAGAAAAUCAGAAAUGCUGGGGUAAACCUUUGGGUAGCACAAAUCUAUGGCAAGAACAUGUGGAAACAAUUAAACGCAUACAACGUGUCGCUAAUCAAAUUGAAAUUAAAGAGCCUGGUCCAGAAAUACGUCCUAAGCUACAUGAUUUGCCAGAAGAGUGCGUAAGGGAGAUAAUCUUGCGUAUAGCCGAUCAUAGAGAUUUAGAAGCUUCUGCUGAUGCUUGGAAAAUAAUGGCGACUUUGGUCAAUGAGCAGCGCAUUUGGCGUGAAUUGACACGUUUUCAUUUCAAUCAAAAGCAAAUCGAUUCUAUCUUGGAAUUAAAUAAAUUGAAACAUAUGACUGAAGUCAAAGAUUGGAAGAAAAUCUAUCAUCAACUACGUCGUACCUACGGUCUCAGUGAUGAUUAUCAAUUUGCUGAGAUUCUAUCACUAUGCCGCUACUGUUGCUGCCUAUUUUGGCCUUCUGAUGGCCAUCCUUGUAUUGUCGAUCAAAGCCCCGACUAUAAGCAACGACUGGAAGAGGCUGGUGGACAAUUAGCUCUAGCUCAACCGGUGCCACCAGCACAAUUCCUUAAAUUUUUCUCUUUAUAAACAAUUUCAUUCGCAGAUUUUUUUUUCAAAUUUAUGUAAUUUGAACUAAAUUAAAAAAAAAAAA